UGGCCUACAUCCUCAUUUCAUACGCUGUGAGGCUGUGUGAAAAGAUAAGGUGGUGUCUGUCUUUCUUGUGUCUCCAUUUUAUGGACUGCUGCAUCUCAAAUCUCCACGCGUCGGGAGAAACACACACAAAGAGGCCCACAUGUAUACAAGCGGGUUACCGCAGGCGGAAAAAACGAAAAGACAAGAGGCGCUGGGGGCGCGUGCAGCCGGUAUAGAUCGCUGGCCUCCAUAUUCGGUUGUGAUUUAUGAUCGCUCUUCAGCAGAGGCCACAGUCAUUUGGGAGAUGAUGGCCGUAUCGAUCCGGUAAACAGUUUCAUUUGCAGCCGGAGCCACGCCGCUCAAACUCACACGCGCGCUCACAGCCACAGCGCGAACGCACGCGUACAGUAGAUUCACAGCAGGAACAACCCUGGCUCUCCGCUCCACCAGUUCCCCACCUCCUCCACGUCUGCUUUUCUCUAUUCCUCUCCUCCUCCCCCCCCUCCCCAGGCCACCUCACCCUCUCUCGACGCUUUAACCCGUUCCUCUUCUGCCCUCCUUCUUUCCGCCAGCGUCCUCUGCCAGUCACCUGCUUCUCUAAAAAUAUUCUCCCCCAUGCACAGCGUGGCCUCUUUGUUUCUUCACUCCGUCCUAAGGUUCCCGUCAUGCGUUGAAACAGUGACACAUUAAUGGUGAGACUAUAACCGAAGUGGGUCGACAUCCACGGUCAUAGUUUUAAAGGCCGGUGAUGUCAGGUUUCUUCGGUUUCCCGGUAAGAUAAAGUGCUUGAAGAAUCCCCCCAACGAUGCACGGCCAGUAAACACGGCGCAAGGAGGGACUCAUGUGCAAAACAAUGCGGAAUUCAUUUCAUUUAAAAACUUUGAUCCUAAGAAGGACUUCAUCUUUUACUGUCCAUGCAAACGCUUCCUGCUUUCACCAAAAUAAAAGCACAUUUGCAUCGUGUUACUACAACGCAGGGGGAAUAGUGAGCUAUGGCGGCUGGUGCAGCAAUAGUCAGGAAAAAAGCCCAAAAGUCACUGAUUGUCACUGUAAAUUGCGGAUGCCAUUUCUAGCCACGUUAAUAAAGAGCUGGGCCGUUUCAUGUGUUAAAUAUCACACACUGUCCUUGUAGCAAUGAUGGACUGCCGUCAAAACAGCCUUUUUUUUAAUGGUACAUUAUAUUCUUUAGUUUGAUCUUUUAAUAACGAUGUCAGGAAUUAAUCCGGCAUUCGAAAGAAGAAUGUUUCCAGAGUUUGACUGCUGUUUAAUUGGUGUGAUGGGUCAAACCGCCUUAAUUAGCCCUUCUGGUAACUAUAAUUAGCAAAGAGUCAUAGUGUCUGAUGAAGCCCUCAAUGUUCAUUCAAAGGCCUCAAAAGAAUAACGGUGAACCGACUCGACAAACUUAUGCUUUUUUAGAAUAAAAAUGUCCAAAUCAAAAGAUGUAUUGAAUAUGAAUCAUAAACAUCUGUUGAACCCGACGUGUCCUUCUGUGUUUGUGUGUGUGUAAGUGUGUAUCAUUUGUAUACAGAUAACGUUGGAGGAGUAGAACUACACACACCAACAUAUUCCUACACACACAUGUACACUAGAAGGCUUUCAGUUUCUAAAUCAAUCCCACAUCCGUAGCUAAUGCAGUGCCGGGCCCUCUUCAGGAAGCAUUAGGCCUAUUAGUCAAAGUGCGUACGCAUUCCUGUGUGUGUGUAUGCGUGUGUGUAUGCUGGAGUGUGUGUGGAAGCCGCACACUCAGCAGUAGCCGAUCUCAGUGGAUCCUGUGGGGUCAGCAGGUGCAACAGGGAAUGAGGGACCAUCUUAUUGUGUACGUGUGUGUGUACGCGCGUGUGUGUGUGUGUGUGUGCGCGCGUGUGUGUUCCCUCCCCUUGAUAUCCGCUAGGCUCUUUAUCGCUCUAAAAUUAUCCUCCACUUACUGGAAGACACUGGGCGAACUGAGAGGAGAGAGAAAUAUGGCCACUCUAGUUUGAAUGCCUUCCUGGAUCACUUAUGCUCGCCAAACUAAGAGACAAACAGACUUCUUGCUCCGCCAGAAUGAUCUAAUUUAAUAAGUUCGGAAAGGUUAAGAAGUCAAGAGUCAGACGAGGCCUCGGGCGAACCGGAGGAGAUAUUUUAGAUUUGUGAAAAGCAAAACAUCUGGGUCGCUGGUGGGACAUCAUCAGUACCAAAGCUGAACUUAUAACAGGUUACGGCAUCGAAGGCUUCUUCGUGUGCUGCAUAACGACUGAAACACGCCUGGUAAUUACAAGUUACCAGGAUGUAACUCCAGUUAGCUACGGACAUUUGUAAAUAAUUAAAUAGGUAAAAGACCUGAUCAUGUUAAGAACACCCGUACAGAGAUGAGGUGAAAUAAAUAAAUAAUAAUAAAUAGCAGGAAUCCCAUGUGGCCCCUUUUGUCAACUAUUAAACCAGAACUCAAAAUCAAUCAAUCAAUCAAUGGCAAUCCCAUAGAAUCAACAGCAGUCGAUGAAUCUUUUAAAUCUGGCUUAAGAAGCCCUUUGCACAAUAGUGAUUUUGUAGGAAUUUCUUUUAGUGGAAAGUUUAGGGUUUUAUGAAAGUUCUGUCCUGAGAGAAAUCUCCACCCAACCACAAGUUUCUACUUACUGUACUUUUUGCACGAGGAAUAUUUAUUUUAGAAGCUGGCGUCAGCCUUCAAAAACCCAUAAGCUUACAUCACUACACUCUUGAAUGACAUGCUUUCAUCUUACACAUGGCCCUCCAUUUUGCCUUUUAUCUCUUCCCACAUGGCCUCCUCCUCCUCCUGCUGCUGUUGCUCACUGUAUCUGUCCCCUGAGCAUUCUCACAUCGCGAGGUGGAUCAAGUCCCUGCAUCAUCGUGUGAACAUGCACGCUCACAGGGUACAUAGUUGCUCCAUGUAUAGAAUUACAUUUUGCAUUAAAAGCGAAAAGAUUCCAAAUUAGUCAUUAUUUCCAAAUAAACUCAAGUGUGUGUGCUCGGGAUGGAGGCCGGAGGGAAUAUCAGGGAAACCCAUAUAAAUAAAAGCCUUCACCAAUGCCACCAGUAAGUACUCAGAUAUGUGCAGACAGGCCCAGCUAACAGACCCGGAAAGAUGCUGAGGAUAGAAGUUGGGGUAGUGGAUGGAGAGAGUUGGUGGAAAAGUGAAACGGAGGAGAGGAAGGAGGAAACUAGAGGAGAAAGCGAGACGGUGAGGCUGGCCAUUAUAAAUCAUACCCGCUGUUGGCGCCGGCGACGUAUCCUAGCAACCAGACAGACCCAUACUCCUCCCCUCCAUCCCCUCUUCAUCCGACGCUCAGAGCUCGGUUACUUUUAUAACCCACGCUGCACUGGGCCAUGCCCCAAAAACUCAUGACAGAGUGCAGUUUGUGCUCACAGCUGAAUUCCUUAUCUACUGUAUUAACCCCGUGCUAAUCAAAUGUGACGCUAGCUGACCUCUGGGAGCAGACAAAUGGACACACUGCAGACCAGGUCACAAAUACACACAAGGAUAGAAAAUAUAGCAGGGACGUGUUCAGAGACUCUGCUCUGGCGCACCGCUCAGACACAAUGAUACAGCUGACAUAUAUCACUAUGAUACAACAUUCAUUGCGAUCAACUUUUUACUGAGUAUGCAACAGAUCCGGGACCUGUGAGGUGUGAACAAUUAGAAUAACGAUGCAUUGUUUGCAUUAAGCUCCUCGGCUCUUCACAGCGACAUUCUGUCGGAUGUCUACGGCUGCUGAGAAAAGGGCGUCCUGUGCGCGGAGAGACUCUCUCGGGCGGAACGGAGCAUUCGCUGAUGUUUUCUGUCCUUUUUUUCUGCCGUGACACGUCGGCGUGGCUGCUGUGACGAGGGGAUUUAUGUGACUACAAGAAAUGAUGCAAUGUUCACAAGGAGAGACGUCGAGCAAACUGCAACGUUGGGAGGUCACUUUCCACCCAGCUUAAAGGAACAGAGUGUAGGACUAAAUACGGGGCGGCGAUGUCGGGGAAACUACGGGGGUGUAAGAAACACGGACGUAGAAAAAUGGCGGCUCGCUGAGACGACCUGCUCCUUAUGUAGACAUGAAGUGCUCGUUCCGAGCGAGGCAAGAACGCGACAAUCCUUAGUUCCAGGGGAUUAUGCACUGAUUUAAAUAAUACUAUGAAUCCAGUAUAUAUUUGGUUUCUGCUAAUUGAUUUACUAGAAAACCUACAUACUGGACCGUAAAAGAGAAAUUAAAAAGGAUUUAGAGAUUUUUUUCUGAGCCUCCCAAACACCAUCCACAUUUUCUUUUUACAUGGUUUCGCAUCUCUUUGAAUCGAUUUACGCAUUGCGUUUUGCAACAAUAGUGUGCAUCAAUCACACAAAUUAAACCUUUUUAAGAUGCAUACCGGUUUUAAUGAGUAUACGAAACUCUAUGGAACACGCGGUUUAAAUUGGUUCAAAUGCCAGUAUUCACUUGAAAUCCAACCAGUUUAUCUUUACCCACCUAUAUUUGUUAUUAUUUUAAUAACGUGGUGUAAGUAUUACAAGAUAAUGACGUAAUCACGACUUUAAGACACAUCCUCGUCAUCACUGAAUAGAAAACUAAUCAUGCACUGAAUGGCGCAUGUGUGUCUCUUUGUUGUUCUUGCUUCUAAAUGGUGGAACGAGCUCUCUGAUGACAUCAGGACCGCAGAGAGCCUUCAAGAGACAGACUCUACUUCGACUUAAAAGACUAACAAAUCGAUGCACUUAAAUUAUAAUUAUAAUGACUCUUAUCUAUAGCAAGUUGUAUAUCGGCUUAUUUGAUGAAAUUGCACUUUCCUGAUUCUUGUGCUUUUGUGCCUGUAUUCUUAUGGUUGAAAUGCACUUCGUCCAAGUCGCUUUGGAUAAAAGCGUCAGCUAGAUUACAUGUAAUGUAAUAAUGUGUAAUAUUUAUGCAUUCAGGACCUGCACAAGGCGCUUUUCCCCGAGUACAGUGAUGCCACUUGAAUUGUUACUGUUACCACCUCCAAGAUAGAUUAGCCAUAGACCCAUAGAUUAGACAAUUCAGACCCAUUUGUAAUAAGUCUUGCUGAUUGUCCCAGGUCUGAUGAGACCUAACAGACGUUUUGAUCCAGUCCAUUUGCGGCUUACCGGAGGCGAGCGUCUGAUAAAAGAAAAGGAUACACUGUGAAAUCUCUCGCUAGCGUGACAGUACGGCUGAGAGUCACUGAGCAGCCCUAAAAAAGUCACUAAAAGCUUCACGUUACCGGUCUCCAGACGGCUUCAGCCGGCCUCGACUACGCCCUCAUUGUCUACUGCUUUAUGAAAUGUUGAGUGUUCAGCGGAGUGAAAGGACGUUAACGCACAGCGAUAAUAAAAAAAACAAAAAAACAAGAGAGUGUGUGCAUCUAUGAGAGCGAAGGAAAUGAACCACUCAGGAACCACUCAGUGGGCGCACAGUCAAAGAGCCCCCAGAAGUGGAUGGUGUGAGAGGGAAAUUGUGUUUGAGGAAUGAAGGACUAAGUUGUGUGUUGUCUGUGUGUGAGUGUGUGUGUGUGUGUGUGUGUGCGUGUCUGCGUAUACUUAAAGAACACAAGUACGCCACCUUGUGGACCAGGACUGGUUGGACUCCCCUCAAAUUGUCCUUGACCUGGAAAAGGGAGAAAAAUAACCAAACAUUUAUGAGAAAGAGGGGCUUUUUUUUCACGAGUCACCACUGAAAAUUGAUUAAAUACACAGUGAAGCUGCUCACUUGCUGUAAAAAUAAAACUUUUAACAUUUUAACUUUUCUCUUUCAAACAUUGUAUAUAAUGUAUGUUGUUUGCUGGUUGAUUCAGAGGUGGUCUGUAGUUAAGCAGCGUUUCCUGAAGGGUGCUCCUAAUCAUUUCAAGGGUAAAACCUCCAUAGAUCUGUAAGAUAAACAUCCUUUUAACAUUUAAUGAGAUUCAGAGGAAGAAAUUUUAAAAAGUGAGGGUAAAGUGAGAUAGAAAAAGUGCUAUUCCUGCAGCAGCAGGAUCAUACUGUACCACUCAAAUCCUCAAGGAUGAUGAAUUAAAUUAACUCCGCCUUUAAUCUCUUUUCUUAUCUUAAAUUAUAAUAGGAAAUGUAUGCAGAUAAGAAACGGUUUAAUCUCUGUGCCAGCGAUUGUGUUUUCCUGGAUAAUAUUAGUUUGAGGAGAGCGAAAGUCAUCGUCCUUGGUUUGUCAUUGCGAAAGGCUUUCUUGCAGUGCUACGCACAUUUCUGCAUUUCAUUUAAAACAUUUUCCGAGCAACAUGAAGCUUUGCAAAAUGUGGAAAUAUAUAUAUAUUUUUUAAUGGUAUUUACUUAAGUAAUGUUAAAGUAAAUAAUACAAAAGGGUUACUUUAAAAGCAUAAACUGCUAAUGUUCAAUGUGCAAUUCGGCCUCUGAUUGGCUGAGUGACGUGAGACACGUGGGACGGAGUUAGCUAAUGCUAACUGAUAUGCUAGUCGACAAAUCCUCAUCUUUCCUGGGAUUUUAGCUAACGUUACCCUUGUGUUCAAUGUUAUUCUUCUCUAUAAAAACAUAAUUUAUUCGAGGACUGUUCAAGUAAAAAACGUCCCGGUUAAUACAAAAUAUAUUUUUUAUAAAUGUGACCUUACAAAAAUACUACUUCCGUUGUUAACUUGUAACAGAAACCUGGAACAACGUGUUAUGCUAAUUGACAUGCUAACAGUCAAUUAAAUAUCAACGUUACCUUGGUGAAAUGAAGCCAUUGGGGGUCAGCUGUCUAACUUUAGGGAAUUGAUUAUGGUUACACGCCUCUUGAAGAAUCCAUAGCAUUUAUUCGAGAAGCACAAAGUGUGUGGAGGGGGUUUCUUCUAGCAAACUACCGCCAGAGGGUCAAGACGACGACACCGGCUCACCACCAAGGGGCGUCCAUAGCACAUCUACGGACCACGCUGCUGCCUUCACGUGUAGUCGGACGUAUUAACGUCCAGCUCUCUCAAAGCCCUUCUUGUCCACAAAGUGCAAAUUCCUCCGGAUAAUUCGUGUUUUUAUUCAUAUUUGUGUGUUAUUAAAUAAACAAAUGCUGCGUAGACAACGACUUGGGUCAAAGUGUAUUUUGCGAUAAUUGCAGCUGGAACUUCUUUAUAUAAAACGUUGUGUGGAGGUUUUUGCGGAGUGUACAUGAAUGCAUCACACUGAAUUUUGACAGUAGCUUUUCAGAUGGUCGCCAGACCAUCACAAGCACCAUGCGAAGGAUGGCAGAGGAGAUACAACCUACCAAGGAGCAGAGCUCCUGGAUAUUAAGUUGGCUUCCCUCCUGGUGUCCCACCUCCCCCUCUCAUCUGAAAGAUGCCGAGGAAAAAAUGCUCAAGAGUGUGAAUCGGCCCUUCUCCAGGCAGCACGUCCGCAUAUCCAACAACAACUACCUGUGGACCUUAGCUUUUUCCACCAGGCCACAGCCGGGCUCGCUCCCCGAGCCCCCCGCCCGGCACAGAUCUCCUCUGGUUCUGCUGCACGGCUUCGGAGGCGGGAUCGCCCUUUGGGCCCAAAACCUGGACUCUCUCUCCAGCAGCGGGCCGGUCUACUGUCUGGACCUGCUGGGCUUCGGCAGGAGCAGCCGCCCUCGGUUCAGCACCGACCCGGAGGGGGCCGAGGAGCAGUUUGUGGAAGCACUGGAGGAGUGGAGGGAGAAGGUGGGACUGGAGGAGAUGGUGCUGCUGGGUCACAACCUGGGAGGAUACCUGUCUGCCGCCUACACACUCAAAUACCCGCAAAGGGUAAAACAUCUGGUGCUGGUGGAGCCGUGGGGCUUCCCGGCCCGCCCCGAGAACCCCAACCACCACUCCAUCCCAGUGUGGAUCAGGGCCAUGGGGGCCGUCAUGAGCCCCUUCAACCCUCUGGCUGCACUCCGGCUGGCUGGGCCUCUCGGUCCGAUGCUGGUCCAGACGAUCCGGUCGGAUUUCAAGCAGAAAUACUCUUCUGUGUUUGACGACAACACGGUGUCGGACUACAUCUACCACCUCAACGCCCAGACUCCGAGCGGAGAAACGGCGUUUACGAACAUGACCAUCCCCUACGGCUGGGCCAAGCGGCCCAUGCUGGAGAGGAUCGGCCAGGUCCAGGCCCACAUUCCCGUGUCCUUCAUCUACGGGUCGCGCUCCAGCAUCGACAGCGACUCCGGAUACGCCUUCAAGAAAACCAGACCCGACGUGAAAAUCACAGUGAUCAGAGGAGCGGGCCAUUACGUCUUCGCCGACCAGCCCAACGACUUUAACCGGACGGUCCUGCAGAUCCUCGCCGGCACGCAGGAGAAAAAGCCGAGAUGAGGAAGCGAGGCGGCGAGAUCUCCCUCAUUCGGCCGACACACACACACAGACACACACACGGGGUCUAAAUAACACAAAUCCAUUACACAGCCUCAGCCUCUAUCAUGCACUUUAGUCUUAAGUGACAACCGUCCCUCGCCGCAGGUUUCUUCAUCCGUGUUUUGUAAAUAAACGUGAGACGCAGCCUG